CAUCUCUGCGGUUGUCUCUGUCUUGUGAUUGACCUCGGUGUCCCUCUUCCCUCCGCAGCUGACCCUGGAAACUACCCGGUCAUGGACUACCGCUCUGGUCCGGGCCCAUGCCCCAGCACCAGCACCAACGAUAUAACGCGGUGCCUGAUGAUAUCAACAAGGGCCGCUCUUACCCAGGAGCAGGUGUUUGCUCUGUUUGACAUCAUUCCUGGUAUGGAGUACUGUGAGCUGCAGCGAGACGCUUAUGGGAUGAGCAAAGGUCAUGCUUUGAUUCGCUACAGUAAUCUGGGCUCAGCGGUCUACGCCAAGGACAAGCUGAAUGGCUUUGAAUAUCCACCUGGAAACAGACUGGUAGUAAAUUUUGUGGAUGACGGAGAGGACCGCAGCAGUCCUGUAGGUCGCAUGGCCAUGCAGUUUGUUGCAACCCAGAUGAUGUCUGCAGCGUGGAACAGUCCCCAAAGCAACCAGUCAAUGAAACCUCCCAGCUUGCCUCCCCUCCCCCCGAUGGCCCGGAUUCAGACCGAUGUCAGCCUGCCCUCUCUGAAGAAGCUCGCUCCGCCUGACAGCAAAGUGAAGGAGCGCUUGUUUGUAGUCUUCAGCCCCUCCCCGCUGCCCCCGGAAGUGCUGGAGGACGUUUUCGGCCGCUUUGGUUCACUAAUUGAGGUCCAUUUGGUUCCUGGGAGGAAGGUUGGAUACAUGAAGUAUGCCGACAAACAGUGUGCUGAUGAGGCCCUGGCAGCGCUCCACGGUCAGGUCGUCAAUGGAGUAAAGAUGAAGGUGAUGUUGGCCGAUCCUCCCAGAGAGGAAUCUCAUAAACGCCCUCGUACCUACUAACCACAUGGCGGAAAUGACCGGCGACUGUUGUCAUGACACAAUGACACCUGACCUGACCGACCGACCGACAUCAAGACCUCCUCCCGACCUCUGACACGACCUUUGACAUCUGUCUGACCUUACUCCGGGUCCGUGACCUUGCUGUGACUCAUUGAUAUAACAAGUCAACGGUAGCAUCCUCUACUAACGGAGUCUUAAUCACAUGUAGAGUCUGUGAGCGGCUGCAACAUGCACAAUGUGUCGUUUGUGGUCAUCGUCCUACUUUUAUGCUUUUUUUAAGUUCAAAUUAUCAGCCUUGACGCUGCUGUUGCAGUAGCACACCGAAAUUUAUCAACAAACUGCUGAGUAAACACUUGAUUUUAAGUUAAGAAGUCUCUUGAGCUACACUGUAGUUUGUAGAACAGGUGUUUGGCAACAUUUCCGUUUUGUGUGCAGGUGGCUUUAAAAACCCGAUAUUUAAAACUGGGUCCAGGUGGUUUUCUUUUUUAAGAUCUAGUACUUUUCUCCUAGAUGUUCUGUCCAUCUCUUGUUGAGCUCAUUUCAAAGGUGUUUAUCAGAUCAACUGUAAACUUUUUUUCUCUCAAUAAAAAUAAAAACAUUUGAACACUCCA